CCGAGAGAUCAAUUGUUUAAUCUAUUUUUCAAUCAAUGGAUCUCAAGUUUCGUAUAAGCAAAGGUUUCGCGCGCCGCAUCUGCCUUGAGUAGCAGCGCAAGGGCCGAGUUUGUAGGUGCUGCUGCACAGGUUGCGAGCAACUGAUACGGGCCUUACGUCAGUGUCUGCAUUCCCGUGCUGCAGCCGCAGGAUGCUAAAGUGCAUUGCCUUACAGUAAGUGCGAUAUCAAUCCUUACAAUCGUCCUUGGCAGUCAACAGGUUUGCCUACAGCCACCACGCAUCCCGAGCCCGGCGAAAAUUUAUGGGAAACAUCCUACGUUGGAUUCAAAUAGCUGUAUCAAGAGAGUGCAAAUUUAAAGCAAAUGGAAGCUCCUAAAUCUGGCAAUCCAAGGGGUUCCAUGCACACACAAAUGGACAUUAGCCGCUCGCACGGUAUCAACAGCAAAGGGCUCUACUCUAAUCCCAUUUAGUUUUCCAAACUUUUCGGGUGGUGCCUCGGAUCAAAUGCCAUGCUAUGGAAGUCUGAGGACAGUGCCAACACACAAAAAUAGACUAAAAUACUGGGCCUGGCAAUUAAACCUUACUUGACAAAUAUCUCAAUUCAAGACCCUUUGUUGGACAGGAUCAAGCUGGCCAUCUUUGAUGGUGGAUACGGGAAAAUCUCCACCUCCUUGAGGAGGGACGAAGGCAAACCACUUGGUCCUUGAAGUGGUUCCAGCAUCCUCCCGACUUUUUCUCAAGCAGAGAUUAAAGAUGCGCAGGGGGGCAAAGCUGUUUCAGGCUUCAGUGCAUAGACUCUAGAGGAAUGCGAUCGACCGGUUCAGCUAAGGUGGACGCCAAACCGGUCGAAUUUGCAUAAGGCAUAAAGUAUAUGGCCGCCUGAUGUAUAGGUUGUGGCCGUUUUUGGCCGACGUUAUGGCAGAGUCACAUGGGUGAGCCUGGUGAGCCCCAUCCUGUGACAAUUCAGAAGGCCCUUGAGGGGUCAGGUGGUCUAAACAACUCAAUUUCUGAUCCGAACGCCAGUGUCGGACUCACUCAUGCAGCGCACGUGGUGAUCCUGAAAGUUGCACUUGAAAUCCAUCAGCGAGCCAUCCGGUCGGUCAUCCUAUGGCUUCCGCAAAAACCCACGUUUUGCUCGUUUCGCCAUUCGCUACAGAAGUCGACUUACUGCCUUUGGCCUUCUCUUCAUCUGUUGAAGAGGGGCUGAAGGGAAGUUCGUCUUACAGUAAUGGAUCUUUCGCCGUUGAUGUGUAAGCUGGCCCUAAUAUCAUGGGUGUGUACAGACGAAUACGCCGGCGAGUGUCUACCGAUUCUUCUUUAUGAAAUGGCUUUGCCCUUCGCACUCAGCAGGCACAAGCAAACGGCCUGGGGACCAUGCAGCUAAAGGGUUUUGAUAUGCCGAAACGAUAUGAGCGCCUUAGCUCAUUGAUUAGGCCUGUAAGAAUGUUUUAGGUCCCAAAUGAAAAGCUUGAUGAAGAAGCAGGCUUUGUAGAGUUGCUUCAUUGUGGCCCCUUGUGGGGUUCAAUGACAGUUUGUCCUACACCUCUUUUAUGGGUCUUUCGCCGUUGAUGUAUAGGCUGGCCCCAAAUCAUGGGCAUGUUUCGCUGGCCCGCGUCUCCCUGGUUGCCUUCAUGCCGUCUGGGCUCAGCAGGCACAAGCGGACCUGGGUGAAAGAGUUUUUAGGGUGUGAAUGUCAGCGUGUGAACGGAGCUUCGUGGUGUGGGCGCAAAGGGCUGGCCACAUUCACCAACGCCUUGACUUUUAUGUGAUUUGGCGCUUCUCGGGCACACGCUACCCUUUUGCGCCAUGAUUGCCAUUGCUUUGGCACGCAGCCUGCCCUUCCCACAGACCAGCUCUGCCACAAAGAAUGCUUCCUUUGCGGAGCUCUGCUUACUUUCAUGCCAGAGCGACGCGAGGACUUGGCUUGUGAGAUUUAGAUCUGUCGAAGGUCUUCAACAUGCUCCGCAAAAUCACUAAAGAGCCCGUGACCUUAUAUCGAGAAUCUCCAGUUGAAAUGUUCAAAAGCUGCCUUUAGAGUGCAUUCCCCAAACUCUGAGGAUGAGGCUUACCACAUCUGCGCGGUCGGUCUCUGACAAUUGAUCAGUCCCAAGUCCUCGGCACAAACAUGCCCCCCCCCAUGUUGCUUACCCGACGCGAAGUCAUCAAUGUUGCUGGUCACCAUGAGUUUUGUCAGGAGGGCCUGCAGCAGGAUAAAGCUUGUUGCCGUUGUGAACUCGUCAGCAUGUUUGAUGGCUGUGGCUCUAGGCACCACGUCCUGUGGAACAAAUGCAUUGUUCUCCGGCUCUUCUGUCGCCAGCGCAAAGGGCCAGAGGCUUCGCUAUAUUGCUGCAAACCAUCUUGCGAUGAGUGAUGAGUACUCAACCCACGUGGACAUACAAGAGAUGGUUGCAUCUCCACUUGUUCAUGCCAUGUUGCCCGGCGUGCUUUCUCCUAAAAAGAAUCUCCAGUUAAAAAGUUCAAAAGCUGCAUUUAGAGAGCCUUCCCAACCUCUGAGGAUGAGGCUUACCAAAUCUGCACGGUCGGUCUCUGACAAUUGAUCAGCCCCAAGUCCUCGGCACAAACAUAACCCCCAUGUUGCUUACCCGACGCGAAGUCAUCAAUGUUGCUGGUCACCAUGAGUUUUGUCAGGAGGGCCUGCAGCAGGAUAAAGCUUGUUGCCGUUGUGAACUCUUCAGCAUGUUUGAUGGCUGUGGCUCUAGGCGCCGCAUCCUGCGGAAAAGUUUACAUGGUUCUCCGGCUCUUCUGUCGCCAGCGCAAAGGACCAGAGGCUUCGCUAUAUUGCUGCAAACCAUCUUGCGAUGAGUGAUGAGUUCUCACGUACCAUCCCUGGUCAUGCACCAGAACACAUGCAGCUUAUGUAGAAGUCUAACUUUCCUCCAACCCACCUGUGGGAGGUCAGGGAAGACAUCAUGGCUGUUUGGAACUGAACAUGGCCUGGCAGCUACAUGAGGCAACAAGCGACCUGACCCUUCUGCUAAAGCUAUCCGCGCAUUCCCACCACGGAGAGUCUUGACAGGGGUGCACAAGGUCCUGCAGGUGGAUCAACUCACGAUCGUUCCAACCUAAAGGAAUCUCUUCCAAGUGAGCAUUUGACGAAGUGCUCAAGCCUUGACCAAGCUCAAAAUAUGCACCAAGGUGACUGAAGUGGACAAGUUACAAUUCCAACUUAGCCACAUGGCCCCUUGACAAGGCCAGCUUCAGAGUCGGGAGGUUAUUCAACUACACAUUUGAGACACAUGGCCGGAAUGUGAAUGCUCCGCAUCCUGACCACCAAUCAAAACACCCCAACACAUUUAAGGAUAUACGAUGCGAAAACACAAAUGUGGGGCGGUUGGGUGUAGGUGGGGCAAAUGCCCCUGUUUCUGAAGCCAAGAGGCACACAGUCAAAAUGCACCUUGGAAAACCGAAAUGAGAACGUUGGCGGGAAGAGGCAACUGCAGGGCGGCCAUUGUUUCUCCGGAAAGGAUCAUAAGCAGCCACGUGUGGCCAGGUGCGGCCCCACGUGCGAGUAUGUGCGACCUGUGCUGCGUCAAAGCCACCCGCACCAGGCACGGGCAGCGCAUAAACCUCUUGCUUCUGGCUUUGCGUUGCGCCAAGGCGCUGUCGGUUAGCUUUGCAAGGGGAGCCGCACCCCCGGCACGUGCUUAUCAACCACUGCCUAUAAACCACACUUAACAUCCCAAUUUCAACAAAGGUGCGAAGCACUAGAUGUCGGCAAAUUCCCGAUGAUCAAAAGACUGGCGCGCUCGACUGGCUUGUCUCAGUCAAGACUGGCCCACCAAAAAAGUAAGACCAUAGCCAUAUUCCCCCCACAAGGCAAACCCCUGGCAUCUCAAAUCCACAUCCAGUGCAUUGCACAUUUGUUGAAAUUGACAUGUUAUGUGAGGUUGAUACGCACGUGCUGGGGGCGCAUUCCUCGUUGGCUCUGCCCCUAGGACCUCAAAUUCUGGCACAACUCCCCCCACUUCUUGAAGCAAUCUGCACCCACAAGUCAGAAUUGGAAAUGGCAACGGCAUGAGCACACCGGUUUGGACAUUCUACGCUCCACAUGAAGCACGACAUGCUCAGCGCCCACCCCAAGCUAAGCAGGACAAGGAGGACACCCUUUCUGUGGACCAAAUUGAGCUGCUCAAGAUUGUUCACGAAGCGGAACACAAAAGAUUUGAAGAUGUCCGGGUUUGAUGCCCGGCGCUCAAUACUCAAGUGUGGCAAGGAUUCAGGACUUCAAUUGACCUGCCCCUCCGCAGAUAGCAUGUGCAAUCGAACGUUCCAUUCUGGCCAAGCGCUUCAUCAAAUCAUUUCUGCGAACACACUUGUCAGAGCUGGCAGCAGGCAAAAAGCAGAAUGAAUCAUUCAGGCCCGAGCUUCCCAGCACAGGCAUGGGAAGUUGUGCUCCCAAAGCUAUUUGAAUGACUUGCCAUUGCUUAGCUCAGUAGCAUGGCAGCAUUGAGUGCAAGUAUCAACUUAUUGACAGUGUCGUGAACCGGAGCCUGGAUUGCGCGGCGGGCUUGCCAUACAUGUUCCGCUUCACAAACACCAGAGCCUGCAGUCACCAGUCCGAAAUCGGGGAGGGUCACAGCCAAAAACUGCAGUUCAAGCUCAAGGCCCUGGCUAUGCAAAGCAAAUGAACUGCUCACAUGCAUUUUGUUACCACAGUGUUCUUAUCUCUUGCUCUUCAAGAUCUUGAAGCACGGAUGGCCCUUCCCGUGCAAUGUGUUUACAGCUCCAAGCCGACAAAAGUCAGGGGAGGCAUUUAACAUCGCAACCAUUGCAAGAUUACACAUACAUAUGUACAUAUAUAUAUAUAUAUCAAACAAUAGUGAGAGGCAUGUUUUUUCAUGGCUCAGUCCUGUUCAGCGCAAAAGGCCACAGGGCACCACAUGGCCCGAGUCUGGCCGAAUCAAACUUUAGGCUGCGAUGCCCUUGUUACUAGUAACUGUUACUAGCAAGUAGCUUCUUGCUCCUAGUAGUAAGGCCAGGAGCCCCUAGUAGCGUCCUUGUUCCUAGUAGCGAUGCAUCAAGCACCCUGAGACUCAAAAACAGCAUUGAAGUUGGGACAGCCCACCGAAUUCUUAAUCUAUGAAUCGCACCGAGAAACUGUCAGUGGUGGCAGUGCAAACGCUUUGGCGAGCCCGAAAUUCUGGGUUGCGUUCCCAGUGGGCUGCAGCACUUCCAACUGUCAUUCCACGUGCGAGCAGCCCGUGCAUUAAAAAAGUGGACGUGCAGCAUCGAAGCAUUGCAAAGCACUGCAACCUUUCGGAUUCUGGGUGAGGUAGUGGAUCUUGAAUGGGUUGACAAUAUGGUUUGUCAUGGGGCUGCUUGCCAAAAACCAGUCCACGCCUUGCGGCUUUUGCACAGAUCAGUCGGACAUUUCGGGAUGUGAUGUGGUAAAACUUGUGCCAACGGUUUGGGCAAUUUUUGCUCCAAUCGCAUGCUGGCUACUAGGAACAAGGACGCCAUUCAUGUAUUUUGGUGGUCACUGGAUUAAGGAUAUUCCUCUGCCGUGAGGAAACUGGCAAGAAGGAUUUGUGAUAGAUCCUUGUUACUGCCUGGAAAACCUGCAGUAAUCUGGAAAAACUUGGUUCCUGACUUCAGGUCUUUAUGGUUGGCUGGUUGGUCGGUUAAGUUAGCUUGCUUGGUGCAACACACUCUAAGUCACCUCUUCGGCACAUCUGAAUGCCUACUCCCUCAAUUCUGCCAUGGAGUCAAACACAAUUGCGAGGUAGGGUCACUUGAAAGGCACCCAUGGAAGAGCACGAGGCCCUAUCUUCCGCACGAGCUAUCGCAGAAUCCCAAAGCGAAGUGGAUCCUCCAAGUUAUGCUUGGCAGUCAACAGGUUGGGCUACAUCGGCUACGUCCACCAAGCAACCCAAGCCCGGCCAAAGCUUUUGGGAACAUCCCUCAUUGGAUUCAGACAGCUGUAUCAAGCGAGGGCAAGUUUAAAUUAGAGCAAAUGGAAACAAAUGGAAACAAGGGGUCCCUCGCACAAAUUGACAAUAGCCGCUCGGCGACUCGGCGAGUAGUUUUUUUCCAAAUUGCAAUGGAUUCAAACACCAUCGCGCUACAGGUAGGUCACUUGAGAGGCCCGUCUUGUCUUCCGCAUGAGUUGUCGCAAAACCCAGGGACCCUUCCGCUCUUGCGAUGUUUCAGUCGCUUUGCCUGGAAGGACUUUGUGCGCAAAGCCGCUGGUGGCUUUCGACAACUCAAAAACACGACUCGGUCACACACCACCUGUGUGUCCGACUUUUGCACCAAAGGUAACUUACAAUCUCUUCAUCUUUACCUACCACACCAACCUUGCAGGGACAUGAUUUGGAUGGCACGAACUAAAUCUAUUUCAAAAUUGACUAAGGUUCAAACGCGAAACAUGGCUUACUUCAAAAUCCAUCUGGCCGCAAGAGAUUGCCACGGAAACACGCUUGGCACUGUCCUCA